AUGCAAUCGCUUGCCCUUCCCGCCAUCUUCUUCGGUCUCGGUGGACGAAUUGUACUCGACAUGCUCACCCGCUCGGCGGAAUCCUCGUUUCAAGAGUUCUUGCUCCUCGGCGUCUGGGAAGGCGUCGGCGUCCACUGCGCCUUCACCUACUCUGACUACGGUAUCAUUGCGGCCGUGGGGGUGGCUCUGCACCUCUUUGUGGACUUCUCCGGCACGCAGGACCUGGUCAGGUCGUUCUGUACCUUCAUUGGUGUGGCCGCCGGGGUUCUGUCGAGCGAGGUCCUCUCAAAUUUAAUAAACGACAACUCGAAAGAGCACUCCAAGAAGCGGUCCUACAUAGACAGCUAUGGCGAUAGCCAUCGCGACCGCGCCAAGGAAGCCUCUAAACGAAAAGAGCGGGGCACCUACGAUAGCCCGCGCCAUAAAGCCUUUCGCCAAUCGCAUUCCGACAUCACCUCCGUCGAUUCUAAUUCAGAACUCAUACAUAUACGACCAUUCAUGACCCCCAGGGAGAAGGAGAUUGCUGCGCUACGCGCUCGCGCGUCGCUAGCCGACAGCGAGCGGCGUCGGUUCAAGGAGGAGAGGAAGUGGGCGGUCUCACAAGGAGACCUUGCUCGCGCGUCGCAGAUGAAGUGGCAGGUGAAGAAAUACAAGGCACUGAUGGAGAGUUUCCUGAGGCAAGCGGAUAUCAUGGCCUCAGAAUCUGAUGGCCGCUCAACUAAGGUUGAUCAACCCCGCACUCACAACGAGCACCGUACAAAGCCCCAGUCCAAUGGCACCGCGACUGGACUCGCAGUCAAUGGGAAUGGACUUCCACCAGAGAAAUCCCAUCAUCGACAUCGCUCCUCCUCCAAACCUCAAACUUAG